GAAGGAAGUUACGGGCGUCUUAAAUAGGUUUGAUCUUCUUCAGUUUCUUCAACCUAGGGUUUUGCCAGUUGCAGACCUCCGCCGAAUCCCAAAACACAAAAGCCGGUCUCUGCUUCUCAGAUUCUAAUGGCGAGAAUUAAGGUUCAUGAGCUUAGACAAAAGUCGAAGGGGGAUCUUUUGACCCAGCUUAAGGACCUUAAGGCCGAACUUGCUCUGCUCCGUGUCGCUAAGGUCACUGGUGGUGCUCCUAACAAGCUCUCCAAAAUUAAGGUAGUGAGGUUGUCAAUCGCUCAGGUGUUGACAGUGAUUUCUCAGAAACAGAAGUCUGCUCUUAGGGAAGCUUACAAGAAGAAGAAGCUUUUGCCUCUUGAUUUGCGCCCCAAGAAGACCAGGGCCAUUCGUAGAAGACUCACCAAACACCAAGCAUCUCUAAAGACGGAGCGACAGAAGAAGAAAGAGAUGUACUACCCAUUGAGGAAGUAUGCCAUCAAGGUGUAGGCUUAGAGGGGAUUGAUUGAUCGUCCAUGGUAUCAUGCAUCUUCUACUCAUUUUGGCUUUUGAUUUAUCUAUAACUUUAUUCAGACUCGAGUGCCUAUUUUAAAUCUUAUUGUUAGAUCUUUGAACUUUGAAGUCUUUCCUUUUCCAUGUAAUACUUUAGUUUUCCGAGUUGUAAUGAAAUGGUUUUGGUUAAUGACAUUAGGCAAUGCAAUCUUUUUCCAAGAUGAAAA